CUCGGGUGAUGCUCUCAACGUUGGUGUUCGUAUGGUUAUCGCCUGUCACUUAAAAGCUGCCGUUUUGCCCACUUGGCGGUAAAAUGAGCAGCACGGAGAGUCAUGAUUCGGGAGAGCAGCCCUGCUUUCGCCUGGAACACCUACCGGGCAAGAGCACGCACCUACCGGGCAAGGCGUCUCCGCAGGUAAACAGCCGCUGGAAUGUGCCGCAAGUGUCGGCCAACGGAGUGCAUGACAUUGAGGACCGGAUUUUACGAAUCACCGGCUAUUACGGUUAUAAACCUGGAUACUCCAGCCACAAACGAGAGGAUGGCUCAGAAUCGCAUGCAGAGACUCCAGUCAGUGAAACCAGUGGAGACGGCACUGCAUAUCAGACCUGCGUCAACACAGUGCUCAAGGUGCUGGGAGGCCUCCUGGUGGUCCUGUGCAUCUCCUCGUCCUGGGUGGGCACCACACAGGUGGUCCAGCUCACAUUCAAGUCCUUUUCCUGUCCCUUUUUCAUCACCUGGUUCAGCACCAACUGGAACAUCCUCUUCUUCCCCCUCUACUACUCUGGGCACGUGGCCACCACCAGAGAGAAGCAGACACCCAUUCAGAAAUUCAGGGAAUGUAGUCGCUUCUUUGGGGAGGAGGGAAUGACUCUGAGGGUGUUUCUGAAGAGAACAGCACCUUUCUCCAUCUUGUGGACACUGACAAACUAUCUGUACGUGUUGGCACUGAGAAAACUAACUGCCACGGACGUCUCAGCACUCUACUGCUGCCACAAGGCUUUUGUCUUCCUCCUAUCGUGGAUCGUCCUUAAAGAUCGUUUCAUGGGUGUGCGGAUUGUGGCUGCCAUUAUGGCCAUCACUGGUAUUGUCAUGAUGGCAUAUGCUGAUGGUUUCCAUGGGGAUUCCUUUAUGGGUGUGGCAUUUGCAGUUGGCUCCGCCUCCACCUCAGCUCUCUACAAGGUGCUGUUUAAGAUGUUCCUCGGCAGUGCCAAUCUGGGCGAGGUGGCAAAUUUCUUCUCCACGAUGGGAUUCUUCAACCUCAUCUUCAUCUCCUGCGUUCCCCUCAUCCUCUACUUCACCAAAGUGGAGCACUGGGGUUCCCUCUCGUCUUUGCCCUGGGGUUACAUGUGCGGAGUGGCUGGCCUUUGGCUAGUAUUUAACAUUCUGGUCAAUGUUGGAGUGGUGCUCACAUAUCCUAUUCUCAUAUCUAUUGGGACGUUACUCAGUGUUCCAGGCAAUGCAGCCAUUGACGUAUUGAAGCAUGAGGUGAUCUUCAGCGUAGUGCGUCUGGCUGCCACCUGCAUCAUCUGCCUGGGCUUCCUGCUGCUGCUGCUCCCUGAAGAGUGGGACACGGUCACCCUGCGCUUUCUCGCAACACUGGCUGACAAAAAAACGGAGGAGCACGGCGAGGAGCUCACCGAGUCCAGCAUUCACACACGCAGCCGGAGUAGAGCCAACGGAGCUGUAUCAAUCCCUUUGGCAUGACCUUUAACCUGUCAGACCUGGGAAUGAGUAGCCAGUGGUCAGUACAGAUCCAGCAUGCAGCAGCAUUUGAGCAAAGACAAAGGUGUGGUUAUAUUUAAGGUUUUGGAAAGAGGAGGAAGGGGUAUUAUAGACAAACAGCAAAGUGGAGAGGAAUGAUGGUAUUUUCUUUGACAAUAACCACAUCAGCCAAUCAGAACAGAUGUCAAAAGAGAUGAGAGCAUGCUGUUACUGGCCUUCACUUUAAUGGAGAUAACAGUUAAGGAUUUUAUUCAGUGUUCCGAGAAAAAAUUCCCAUUCUUUUAAAGAAAUGGUUCACCCAAAGAUGAAAAUUCUGUCAUUAUUUACUUACCCUCAUGUGGUUCCAAACCCAUUUGCCGUUAUUUAUUCAUGUGAAACACAAAAGUAGACAUUUUUUUAAGAAUAUUUAUGCAGUUCUUGCCAUACAACAACAAUUAAUAGUGACCAUGUCUGUCACGCUGCAAAAAGGAUUUAAAAAACCUCCAAACUGAAUUUUAAGUUAUUGACGCAUUAUCUUCACUUCCGCCAAAGCUUCAUUGUCUACAUCCAGAUUCAAAAAUGGUUAGUCAACAUCAUUGACGGCAAAGCGGCAUUGGCUCUCAAGUUUAGUAACCCAACAUGAUAAUAAAGUAAUUAAAGUAAAUAAAAGCAAAGAUACUAAAGUGAAAAACAACUUCAGAUGUCUUCAGAAGACUUGGAAUAUAGCGCAUGAGUUAUUGUUGUUGUAUGGCAAGAACUGCAGCGGCAUAAAAACAUUCUCCUUUUGUGUUCAAUAGAAAAAAAAUGAAAGACUUUGGAAAUAAUUACAGAUUUUUCAUUUGUGGGUGAACUAUUCUUUUAAAAUGGGUAUUUAUUUACUUUUUUUUUUUUACAGAAGGUAUUUAGUAUUUUCUUCCCUAAGUGAGGGCCUAACAUUUCUAUGGGGAGAUGAAUCCAGUACAUAUAAAUGAAUGGACUUUCAGACUAUCUCUCUCUGCACGCACACCCUGCACCCCUCAGCCAGCCCUCCCAUGGACUUUAUUCUGUGAAUAUAGACUCUGUCAGGGCCAGUUUGGCUCACUGUACACAUGAAUGCAUCCUGAGAUCAGCUAUAUAUAUAUGUGUAUAUGAAAUAUAAUGAUUAUUUGCAUUGGACGUAGUAGUAUUAUUGUAUAUAUUUAGAAGAAAUAUAUUAUGCUUUAAUGAA